AUGCCAGGCCCAUAUCGAUUCGCGAUAUGUGCGCAGGGCACCCGCGGAGAUUUUCAACCGUGCCUAUCUCUGGGGCUUGGCUUGGUCAAAGCUGGUCACACAGUGAAAUUCUUCGCCAACCCCGGGCAUGUCAAGAUGGCAGAGGAAUUUGGCCUGGAAGGGGCACCUGUGUCCAUCGAGAUCAAGGACUUUUUGGCCACCGAGCGUGGCAUGAGGGCCAUGGAGAAGGGCGAUCUUCUCCUGGUGGCAGCGGCGGGUGAGUUUGCGGAUGACAUGGACACGUCGACGAAUUGGGCGGAAGUCUUUGAACAAGAAGCCGACAAGUUCAAGCCAGAUGUCUUGAUUUGGACACCCUUGCUUGGCGGCCUCGUCACACCGUACACUGACAAACAUCCGGAAAUUCCCGCGAUGAUGGCAACGUACCAGCCGCAUUGCAUUCCAACCAAUUACAUCACGCCCAUCAACAUGCAGCGGCUCGAGCUUGAAGCGGGUCAACCCAAACUGCAUUCUUGGGUGCUGGAGGCCCAAACAAGCGCCUCCGGCGCCUUUGAUGCCUGCAAGUUCCUGAUGUCGGAAGGAAAGCCGAUUCCCAUGUCUUUGUAUCCGCAGAUGGUUUGGGAGAACAACUUCAACAUUGAGGAGGCUGCAUCGCCGAAAUUGCUAGCGUAUAGCCCUGGCUGGUGGCCAGCACUGCCCGAUUGGCCGAAGAAGAAUGUCAUCAUCACAGGCGGGCCGGGGUUUGCAUGCAUGGCUAGCUAA